UUAUCCGUUUGGAUCACCCGUCCGCUCGUCCGCGUCCGUUUUUUCAAUUGGGUCGGUCGGUGCGGCCAACGGGGGACGGACGCAUAAUUUGACAUGUCCGUCUGGGCAUCCCGUCUAACACGUAGUAGGCGGAGAGCUUGUAGCUAGGAACGUCGCCGGUGCCGGCCGUCUGUAUCCGAUUCCGCCGGGGCUGACCGGGCAUGGAUACCUAGGCGAGGCGCCGCCGAUGUCGGACUGCAGCACGGGCACGGACUCACCGCGGGCAGACUCCGUCGACAAGCAGCCGCCCGCCGACGCCGAGUCGCCCGACGGAGGCCAGAGCAAGCGCGACCACCCCUCGCCGUCGUCCCCGCUGUCGCCGCCCAAGCGCAGCCGGAGAUCUGUGGAGAGGAGGGUGGUGUCGGUGCCGAUUGCCGAGUGCGGCGAGCGGGCCAAGACCAACGGCGAGGGCCCACCGCCGUCCCGUACGCCGCAGGCGCAGGCGAGGCUGGGUGCAGCCGGGCGCGGCGAGGCGAGUCGACGGGCGCGGCCGGGCACGUCCGCGGGAGGAGCACGAGCCUACCACGGCGGAGCACCGACGCCGGAGGAGGACAAGCCCGCCUGUCCUCUGCUGCUGUGCACGGGGGAGCGUGCACGGCCAGGUGCUGCUCCAGCUCUCGAGCCGGGUGGGCGAGUGGGUGGGAGAAGAAAGAGGAAAAGGAGGAGAGAGAUGGGAUGAGACAGAUUGGUGGAUGGCAAGUGGGCCAAGAGCCACAUGCAGCCGGACAGAGGGGGGCGAAGAGGACACAAAUAACGUCCGCCCGCUUUUGACCCAAAUUUCCCAGAUUUGAGCCCAAAAUGGGUCCAAACAGACACCAAACGGAUAGUAGGCGGACGUUGUGUCCGUUUGGGUCGCCCCGUUGGGCUGAGUUUUAUAUCCGGAUAACUCAAACGGACAAAAUGGGUCGCCCCAUUGGAGUUACUCUAACCCUACGAGCUGUUUCAGGGCAGCAGUUAAUCAGGUCAAUGGUGCAGUUAGGCCAGUUAGGUUAGGUUGGAUAUCUAAUUUCAGGGAGAAAAUGUUGACAUGUGAUUGUUGCAAUCAAUCAUGGAUGGAGUGGAAGCUGUUUCUUUCUGGCUCUCGGCUCUCCUCGUGUCCACAGGAAAAGAAUCUGUCAGAGUUUCAUGGUUUCGCCAAUCACAUCAUUAGCAGAUGCCAAGGCGUUCAGGGCCACCAUUGCCACUGAAGCAAUUGUGAAGAGGACUGGUGAAGGAAAUAGUGAGGCCAUCACCAAAUGCAAUGUGGUUGAUGGUACGAGUGCCAGUAGGCAGCAACGAAUGGAAGUUGCUUCCACGUGAAGGGACGGGCUACCAACCAAGUAGACCAGAAGACAAAGCCAAAUUAUAUAUUUCCAUGUUCUUUCUUCUAUAUUUUA